GAGAGAGGGCAGGAAGAAAAAAACAAAAGGGGUGCAAGAGGAGUUGAGGGCACAGAAUGAGUGUCGAGCCGGACUGGAAACAGAGAUAAUAAAAAAAAUAAAAAAAGGUUGGGAAGAGGAACGAGGGGGAGGGCAGACUCGUCGGGAGAGAGACGGCAGGGCUGGAAAACGGGAAUCGCGCCUGUCAGCCAAUGAGUUGAAAGGGAGAAGGCGAUGUCAUUAGGAGGAGAAGUUCCACCUCCGCACGCCGGAGCCUCUCCGGAGUGAAAAGAGCACGGGAAAGAACAGCACACUGGCACAUCAGCAGCGGCAGCUGUCUCCUCCUCUCCUCUACUUACGCUCCCUCUCUCUCUCUCCCUCUCUCUCUCUCUCUCUCCCCCUCCCUCUCCCUCACGGUCUUUCUCUCAUUCACAAGCGCGCAUAGGAGCAGGAAGCAGCAACAGCACAGCCGUGCCAUCCUGGGACCGGUCUCUGGAGGCGCUGCGUCCGGCGGACAGUUGACCCGACGAUCGCCGGGGGGGGGGAGUUUUAUCUGCGCCCAGCCGAGAGGGAAUGCUCUGACGGGCGCAUCUUCCACCUCCUGCUCUUCCAGAGCUGGGAGCCGCACCAGAGUGCCAGCUUGACCAUGCGUCAGCAGAAAAGGUCUCUACUCGUCCCCUCCCGCCUCUGCCUUCGCCACCGCCGGUAGAAAGAGUCGCUGAGCUCAUCAGUGAUGACCGUCGUCUUUCCAGUUCAGGGCUAAGAGAAGGACAUAAAGUCAAUGUGCUGGACUAUGAUUCUAAAAGAUGACUUUGGCGCUGCUGCCUGGACUUGGCGAAACAGGAAUUAUCUUCUUCUCCUGAUGUCCCUCAUAGCCGCUCAAGGGAAAGGCGAUCUGGAAUAUCCGAAGGAUAAACACUACACAUGGAAAACAGGCCAGUGGAGUAGGUGUAUGGGGCAGAACUGCGGCCCCGGUGGGCUGCAGACCAGGAUGGUUUGGUGCGUCCACACGGAGGGCUGGACCACGCACCACUCCAACUGUCACCACGGCGACAAGCCGGAGAGCCAGCGGCACUGCUUCCGGGUGUGCGAGUGGCACCAGGAGCUGUUCGAGUGGGAGGCGUCCGAGUGGGGCGCCUGCGCCCUGGUCCCCCGGCCGGCCGCCGAGCCGCGGGCGGGGCGGGGGGCGCGGGGGUGCGUGACGGCGCAGCACGGGAUCCAGCGGCGGCGCGUGGGCUGCGUGCGGCGGUCCAACCGCACCGCCGUCACCGAGGGCAUCUGCGAGCACUUCUCCGCCAGGCCCGGCGCGGAGCAGGCCUGCCUGGUGCCCUGCCCCCACGACUGCGUGGUCUCCGCCUUCUCCGCCUGGUCCGCCUGCAGCCGGACCUGCGGCGCCGGCCUCCAGCACCGCGCCCGGGCCGUCCUGGCCGCGCCCGUGUACGGGGGCGCCGGCUGCCCCAACCUGACGCAGGUGCAGACGUGCGAGGGCCCGGCGCCCUGCCCCGAGGGGGAGGGGGAGCACCGCUACAGCCUUAAGGUGGGCCCCUGGAGUGAGUGCCGGCUGCCCCACUCCAAGGACGCCUGGCUGGGCGGCAGGACCACGCUGGACUUCAGCGCCGACGCCGGGCGUAAGAACUCGGUUCGGCGCCACGUACAGAACACCCACCACCACCACCAGCACCACCACCACAACUCCAAAACGCUGGACGUGGAGAUCGGCUAUCAGACGCGGCAAGUUCGCUGCACGAGAACCGAUGGCAAGAAUGCCAUGUUGAGCCUUUGUAUCCACGACGACGCCCCUGUGACAUUUCAGUCCUGCGUGAUGCCCCGGGAUUGCGAGACGUCUGAGUGGUCAGCGUGGAGCCCGUGUUCAAAGACCUGCCAAGCGGCGGACCUGUCGCCUGGUUACCGGAUGAGGGCCCGCGGUCUGAAGCAGAUUCCUAUUGGUGGAGGCCGGGAAUGCCCUGCCCUUGAAGAAAAGGAGGCGUGCAACAUUGUUGGGGACUUACUUCCCAAGUGCCCAAGGUACGUGUGGAAGAGCACGGACUGGGGCGACUGCCAGGUGGCCCCACUCCUCAACCAGCAGUACCGUCGCCACAACAACCUGAGCGCCCUUUGCGGAGGGGGCCUUCAGACCAGGGAGAUCUACUGCAUACAGGUUCCUGACGAAAGUGCGAAGCAUCACAGCAGGCAGGUAUCCAGGCCUGUGAGUGGACGACUGUGUGUAGGAGACAUCCCGUCUGCAGUCCAGCCGUGUUACAUCCCCUGUCCGGAGCCCUGUCUGCUUUCUCAUUGGUCUGCCUGGGGGGCCUGUCUCCACGACAACUGCAUGGAACCACAGGGGAGGAAAGCAGGUUUCAGACAGCGGAGGCGGCAGGUGCUCCGCGGGCCAGCGGGGGCGUCCGGGGGCUGCCCGCACCUGUCCGAAUCCAUCCCGUGCGAGGACCCCGCCUGCUACCUGUGGCGCGCGCGGCCGGGGGGACCCUGCGUGCCUGCCGAGGGGGCCUGCGGUCCCGGGAGACAGGAACGGAGCGCGCUCUGUACCGACGCUCGAGGUGAGGUGGUGAACAGCGAGUUUUGUACGGAAGCCCCGCCUCCCACGCAGGUGUCCUGUCGCCUGUCCUGUCCCAGAGAUUGCGUGGUCAGCUCCUGGUCCGACUGGUCCCCCUGCUCCCACUCCUGCACGACCAAAAACUCUGAGGGCAGGCAGAGUCGAACCCGCACCAUCCUGGCCCUCCCUGGAGGAGGGGGCGAAGCGUGUCCCGCGGCCACCGCCCUGGAGGAGUGGAGGUCCUGUAAUGACCAUCCGUGCGUCACGUUCCACUGGGAGACUUCGCCCUGGGGCCCCUGCUCGGAAGACCCCGCCAUCGCCUCGUUGAACGGCACCACCGUCUGGACCCAGGAGCCCGCCUGCGCCGUCGGGGUCCAGAACCGCAAGGUGUCCUGCGUCAAGACCAACGUGGGGCAGGUCAUCCCAAAAAGAUGCCCAGAUUCGUCACGGCCAGACACCGUUCGCCCCUGUGUGCUUCCCUGCAAGAAAGACUGCAUUGUGACUCCUUUCAGCGAAUGGACACUUUGUCCUGUUACCUGCCAACCAGUCAACUCAACUCCAGCCACCCAAUCACGAUACAGAAUCAUCGUCCAGAGAUCAGCCAAUGAUGGGCAGGAAUGUCCAGACACCCUUUACGAAGAAAGAGAAUGCGAGUCACUCCCCGUUUGUCCAACCUACAGGUGGAAGACGCACAGAUGGAAUCAGUGUGUGCUGGUGCCUGACUCAGUCAGGCAGGGUCUGGCAGGUCCAGGGGAGUCCUGUGGCAGAGGUCUGGAGACACGCGGUGUGACGUGCGUGGGCGAGGAGGACGACGAGCCGGCGGACGUGUCGGAGUGCCUGCGGUGGGCCGGCGCCAUGCCAGCGCGGGUCCAGCAGUGCCGGGUGCCCUGCAAGGACGACUGCGCCCUCAGCGGCUGGUCCAGGUUCACCGAGUGCAGCGAGUGCGGAGGCUGGCGCAGCCGCCGCCGCUCCCUCACAGGCCGCAGUAAGAAGCGGGAGAAGUGCCAUCGGGCCGAGCUGUACCCGCUGGUGGAGACGGAGGCGUGCCCGUGCGUGGAGUUCCUCUCCCGCCCCUACGGGAACUGGUCCGACUGCGUCCUGCCGGAGGGCAGGCCCCACGGCCCCCCGCACGGCUGGAGGGCCCGCCGGGACGCCAGGGAGUGCGGACAGGGCCUGCGCUACCGGGCCCUGGCCUGCGUGGACCGCGGGGGCCGCCUCGUGGACCCCACCCUCUGCACCGGCACAGGCUAUGUGGAGGAGGUGUGCCACAUCCCCUGCCCCUUGGACUGCAGGCUGAGCGACUGGUCCGCCUGGUCGCCCUGCAGCGCCUCCUGUGGUGGCGGGCUGAAGGUGCGCUCCAAGUGGCUGAGGGAGAAGCCCUUCAACGGCGGGCGACCCUGCCCUAAACUGGACCUGAAGAACCAGGCUCAGGUGUCGGAGGCAGUGUUGUGCUACAGCGAGUGCAGUCAGUACGCCUGGGCGACGGAGCCCUGGUCCGUGUGCGCCAUCAAUGCCGUGGACAAGCUGCCGGACUGUGGGGAGGGCGUGCAGAGCCGCAAAGUCAGGUGCGUGAGGGUGAACGGCGAGGGCCAUGGGGACAGCGUGGAGGACGGCCUGUGCGACCCGGAAGAGAUGCCCUUCCGAGCGCAGACCUGCUUCCUGCCCUGUCCGGACGACUGCGUGAUGUCACAAUGGGGCCCGUGGAGCGCCUGUCCCCUGCCAUGCGACCAGAGCACGGUGAGGAAGAGGCAGAGACGGAUGCUACGUCCUCCUAAGCCCGGGAAAACCUGCCCUGAGGACGUUCAGACUGAAAACUGCAUCCUCAACAGCACCUGCUUCUCCUACCAGUACAACCUGUCAGACUGGAGCACUUGUCGGCUGAGCGAGAACGCCGUCUGCGGCCGGGGAACGCGGACGCGCCUGCUGGACUGCGUGCGCAGCGACGGAAAGGUCGCGGAGCCGAGGGCGUGCGAGGAGUUGGGCCUGGCGAUGGAGUGGGAGUUGACUGUUCAUUGCGCGGUUGCCUGUCCUGUGAGCUGUCUCCUCUCGGAAUGGUCGCCGUGGACUGAAUGUUCACACACUUGUGGUAACCAAGGUCACAUGCUGCGCUCGAGGCGUGUCCUGCAGCAGGCCCGUGAGGAGGGCCGGCCGUGCCCGUCUCAGCUGUCCCAAAUCAAGCCCUGUCCCAUAAGGCCCUGCUACAGAUGGGUGCUGGGCGAGUGGUCCCCAUGCCACGUGGAGGGGGCAGAGUGUGGAGAGGGUGUGCGGGAGAGGAACCUGACGUGUGUGGUGGAGCAGGGGGGUGCAGCAGACCUCUUUCCAUCCCGACCGGUGGAGGAGGAGAAGUGUGCAGAUAAUCUGAGGAAGAUGAGUGCACAAGACCUGCGGGUGCCCUGCUCUGUGCCCUGCCCUGGCGAUUGCCACCUGACCGACUGGUCGUCAUGGAGCUCCUGUCAGCUGACCUGCCUGGAUGGGCGGAGCUUUGAGACCACUGGACGACAGGCCCGAUCCAGGGCCGUGGUCAUUCAGGUCAUGGAGAACCAGGACAACUGCCCGCAGCAGGUCUUCGAGACGCGACCUUGCAAAGGAGGGAAGUGCCACAGCUACGAGUGGAAGACCAGCGGCUGGAGAGACAAUGAGCGAUCCGUGUGGUGCCAGCGCUCCGACGGGGUCAAUGUCACAGGGGGCUGCUUCCUGCAGAACAGGCCUGUUACUGUCAGACAUUGCUACCCGCCCUGCACCAAACCUUUCUCCUACUGCACUCAGAGUGGGGUCUGUGGGUGCGAGAGGGGGUACACCGAGGUGAUGACCACACACGGGUUCCUGGAUUACUGCACCAAGACCCCCGGAGCGGACAACAAGAAGGCUGAUGUGAAGACCAGCUCGGGGCGGCUCAAGCCCGACACUUCCCAGAUCCACAACUUCUUCAAGGAGUGGUCCCUCCAGCCAGUCGGACCGGAUGGCAGAAUUAAGCUGUGGGUCUACGGGGUGACUGCUGUCGGAUUUCUCCUCAUCGCCUUCAUCAUCACUCUGUCGUUCAUGUUGUGGAAAACCCCGAAGCAGAACACGAGCUCCUCUCCACCGCAGAAGCCUCUCACUCUCGCGUACGACGGCGACGCGGACAUGUGACGGCACACAAACCGUCUCGCGUGAAAACUUGGGACAUCAAAACACACCACGGAAAAUGUGGGCGAACCAGCCGCGCCGAGGUAUAGGACGUCUGCCCAUAGGAACAUAUGCAACAUUUAAAAGACACGAGAAUUCUCCCAGGCUUGGUCCUUUUGGAAAGAUGCUUCCUCAGUGGAUUUUAUUGUGUUUCCAAACAGGGAAGGCUGAUAACUUUCCAUAAAAACUUGCAUCGGGGGUGCAUAGAGAUUUGUGUACAAGAACACAAGGGCAGUUUUUUUCUUUUUUUUUUUUUUUUAGAUCUUGGCAAGUGGUAUUCCUUGGACGUACAUGAACGGAAUACAUUUGCCUCACAGCAGUUUUAUUUACUUAUUUUUUUAAAUAAAGAAAACUGGGGAGGGUGCUCAAAGUUCAACAGCCGUCAGCGGCUGUCUGUAAGUCCUCUGUGUAUGGAAAAAUACUUUUCAGUUAAUGUAGAAAAAGCAACUAUGCACUACGUUAGUGCUAAUUAUUUCUGUUUGCUUUACAGGUCAACGUGUUUUUCUAGUGUUUACAUUGUAAUGCAAGAAUUUAUUCUGUGAAAUUGUGUUUUUUUUUUUUUCUUUUUCAACAACAUUACAGGACUCUGUAUUUCUGCUCAUUGCAAUAUGCCAAAAUAGGUUUACCGGUGUUGUGUAAAGAGACAUAAAUGGCAUCUCACUGUUCUUGCAGGACUUGCUUGGUUAUUACAAUACAUUUUAAACCAUUA